AUGCUCUCUGGUCUUGCCUUUGGGCCCGUCUGGGGGGUUGUCUACGCCUCUAUCGGGGCAAUAAUCGGCGUCUCAUGCGCCUUUCUGGUUGCCCGUUACGUCGCUCGCGGUAUGGUGGAGGGGUGGGUCAAAGGUAACACGCAGUUUCGACGGAUCGAUGAGGGGGUGCACAGGCAGGGCUGGCGGAUGCUGAUGGUUACUCGGCUCGUCCACUCUUUCCGUUUAACUUGCAGAACUACGCUUAUGGGCUCACGAAGAUACGAUUUGCCACUACUUUUUUGUCUCAUGGAUCUGCAUGUUGCCCGGCACCGCUGCCUACGUCCAGUUGGGGGCCGCGGUGAACGUCGGUGA